UCUUCUCACACCUUUCAUAUCUCUCCUUGAAUCCUUAAAAAAAGUCUCAGUAAAAAAGAAGAAACCACGAUGAGUUACUUGAACCGUGUUUGGAUGGCAGCAACCGUAGCGGUGGCGCAAGGCCACACCGAUCCAGGCCACAAGUGCAAAACAGCCGUCGGAUCUAUUCACCAGAACCGAACUCGUCUCUUCUCCGCCGGAAGUUUAUCGGAUCUCCGGCCUUUGUCCGGCGUCGUUGUAUCGGACAUGAGUUCUGAAGCGGAUGAGAAGCUAAGAAGAACCGAUGAUUCUCUUCGGAAAGUUAUGUACAUGAAUUGCUGGGGUCAAGGCUAAAGAAUUGGCCGAAAAUUUCACCGGAAAUCGUCGCAGUCGCUGGAGGAUUGAGUUGAAUCGGAUGAUGAUGAUGAGUUGACUCAGUUGGAGAGAAAGCCGUGUUGGUUUUCGCUUUUGAUGUAUAUUGUAAAUUUGUAACAACUGCACAGUGAAUCAAUGGAUUUUAACUUUCUUUCUCA